UCUUGUAGUUGUUGGAUUGAAACGUCUUUUGCCACGCGACGAAAGGCUGUCGUGGCAAGACAGUAGAACUGUUUAUUGCCACCACUUCUCUUGUGUCAGUCCGUUUUGGUGUCUACGUUUUCUGCAUUAAGCCAAAGCUUCUGGUUUCUUCUCAAUAGUUCGCUAUUCAACAUAAAUACGGUACCACACCGGAAACCACUACGUAAGAAUUACAAUAAAGCUGUGACUCAAGAACUGUCAUAAAAUUCUAAAUUUGGUUGAAAAUGAAUAAAAUACCGAUAACUGAUUUGUACGGAGACUCGGAUGAGGAGUAUCAAAAUGCGGAAGAAGAGGAGAGCCACUCAACAGACGAAGAUGUCGACGCGAGCCAGCCAACGGACGGGGAAGAGAGUCAGGCAAAAGAACAACAAUUUGACAAUAUGACUGAAAAGCAGACUGCCGAAAAAUUAGCUUAUCAACACAGGUGGCAAUUGAAUAAGCACAAGACGUUGCUAGCCAAGCGUGACGCGAGGUUAGAAAAUGUAAAUGUAUUACACAAGAAACUUCUUAACACUUGGAGUGACAAAAUGAAAUGUCAGCAGGAAUACGGGCAUCAGUACAUGCGUUCGAUUGAAACCAGCAAAAUAGUGUGGGAGUCCAAAAUGACUGCUGAUAAUACUAGAAACAACUCUCGACUUUCUUCCAAUGGUCGGUCGCAAAUGAAUCAAGAAACAUUGGCACAGGAAAAGGAGAGAUGUGCGAAACAAAGGGUGGAACAGUUGGCUAAAGAUUUAUUGGAGGCCACUGAAAAACGUAUGAGGACGCUCGAGGAAGUGAUUUCCUUGAUCAGCAGGGAAUUAAAUGAAGCAAAACAAGAUUGUCAUGCGCUCAAUAAAGAGUUGGUUGCAACGGAGGUUCAAUUAUUAGAAACCGAAGGUGUAUUAGAAACCUUAAACGAAUGCGAAGAAAUUCACGUUGAUAAGUCUUUCUUGGCUGGAACGUCAACUCAAUGUAGUGAAACUAAUAGGAGCAUGCUGCGUAAGAGUCCCCAAACAAAAUCAUUUACUUACAAAUCAGAAACAGAAAAACGAGAAACCAUCUUAAGAAAACGUUCUGCUCAGGAUUUCAAUUCUUUUCGACAGGAUUCAGGUACCGUCACAGAGACUAGAUAUUCAACACGAAGUCGUGAAUCGUACAGAUUUUCGCUGCCUACAAGCCGAGGUGUUUUAAGAAAGAAUGUGCAAUUAAGUUGCUCAACUACUGAAUCCACCGAUGAAGAACCCGAUCCAAUAUCAUCCAAAUAUAAAUACUCGUAUUCCUACGAGUCGACUAGAUAAUAAGAAAUAACGUCAUUUAUCUCAUCCAACGACAAUUCGGUCAACAAUACCUCUGCAAUUCUCAGGACGUCGUUGAAAACAUUUACUAACUACUGAAACUGUUAAAAGAACGCGUGGAUGAAUGGUGAAUUUGUAAAUGGGAAUGACUAAAGGAUGAAAAUUCUUCCGUCCAUUUCUUUCGAGUUUCUUUCAAUCAGCAUAUUUUAAUCACAUUUCUUUACUUCACCAUGCAGAUUGUAUUAAUAUUUAAUAAUAAAAUACUUUAAUUUU